GCAGUUACACUUUACCGGAAGACCAAGACAGACACGUCUGGAGAAAGACCUUCAAAUUUUUGAAGACCUUUUCAAAUUUUGGCCUUUAUUUUGAACCCAUCUACACGAAGAAGAAGAAAUCAUCAACAAGAUAAAAAGAAGAAUACUGUAUUCCUCUUUUAAGAUUUUCUUCUGACCACACAACAGGAUGGAGGAACCGGAAGUAUCUACAGCAUCACAUACCAAUUCAAUACGGCACCAACACAAGACACUGGUCUCCGGUGAUGACCAGGACAAUGCCUGGGAUGCCGGUCCGGAGUGUUCAAUCUGCUUUUGCGCAUACGACAACACAUUCAAGACACCGAAGCUUCUCGAAUGUACCCAUACCUUCUGUCUGGAAUGUCUGUCUCGCUUUGUGACUAUUUCACCAGAGCAGGAGGGUACCCAGAUCACCUGCCCUCUUUGUCGGCGGCCAACAUCCGUGCCUGAGCACGGUCCUCCAGAUCUGGCCACCAGCCAGGAAGUUUUGGGCCAACUUCCAAGCGACCAGCAACAAGUGGAGAAUGUUUUUCUAGAUGGAAAGAGGCUGUGCUACUCAAACCCUAUGAUAUCCAACUGUGUCUGCAUUGACAUCGGGGAGCAUAAACCAGAGGAGACGCCGAGAAUAGAGGAGAGAAGAGAGGGCAGUGGACACAGGCUGCUGCGAUUCUUGGGUUUUUAUGGAAACUGGAAGAGGCUUGUGGUCUUCAUCAUAGUGCUUCUUGUGGUCUUAUUUGUUAUAUUGUGGCCCCUCCAGUGCUUUAUCAUCUCAAACUCCAUGUCACAAUGCUUCGGACGAUCACCAGCUAUACUCAAUUCUCCCAGACCUACAGUCGGUACCUAA